AUGUCGACAAACCAUGAUGAAAACACCGGUUCAUCAAAGCGUCAACGAAUAAGUCGCGCCUGCAAUUACUGUCGCCUACGAAAGUCCAAGUGUGAUGGCGCUGAGCCCACAUGCUCCAACUGUGAGACCCACGGUCAAGAGUGCAUAUACUCGGCGUCUACGAAGAAACGAGGCCUUCAAGUCGGCCAUUUACGACUUCUCAUAAAACAUCAGUCUCUCUCAGAAGGGGCCCUCGGCUUUCUGGUUUCCUCUGUAGACGGGGUGGAAGCUACACUCACUCACUUUCUUCACAGGAUCACGGAGAAUCCAGAAGAAGUAGAGUCCCUACAGCAGGUUUGGAAGAAGUCCUCGGCAUACUCAACAUUUCAGAGUUCCUUAGACAUACAGCAUGAUGAGAUAUCCUUUUCUGGGGUAUCAUUACAACCAGAGGGCCUCACUUCCGGGCAUAUCGAAGGGCGGCUCUCAAAAGCCCCUGGCCCUCGGGCACCAUCGCAAUCACAACCAACGAACUCCCGUACACAAGCCACCGACUUAAUACCACAAUUUUCUCUAGAGAAUACAAGAUCUUCGGCAUAUGCAUCGGACUCGUAUUUCGCAGCAUCGCCGCAAUCCGGCCCAGUCAAUUCCACAUUCGCAGGAAGCGAUACUGAAUGGCAAGCCUUUGCUGCAGCCCAAGACUCGACAGCGGACGCUUUCGAUCCCAAUAAUGCUCUCAAUAUUUCGGACGGAAGAAUUACGCAACUAGGCAGACCUAGCCAAGUUCCAAAAGACCUCAAUCAGCACCGUAAUGUUCUCCAAAUGUAUCGACAACUUACUCUGUUGUAUGCUCUGGAAUCGUCCACUUUGCCUAUCGGCGCGCCGGACUUACUGGAGAGCUACUUCUUAAGGGUUCACCCGUUCUUUCCUUUGGCAAAUAAGAUUGAGCUGCUGCAGUUCUUGCACAAGUCGCAGGCUUCUAGACCCAAACACCAUCAAGGACAGCUAGACGCAAAAGCUUCACAAAUCUGGUCUGCUUGUGCUUUGGCGAGUCAUAUCGAACAGGCUGUACAUAUUGAAGGCAAAAAUCAUUUGGUCCCUCGCGCGAACAUCUAUGCUCUUCAGUUUGUGGCUUCGGAGGACUUCGAGCCUAACGAGCACAAGGCACUGGAGACUAUCGAAGUACUUCUGUUCCUAUCUUUAAGCCUACUACAGGACCAGUGUUGGGACACAGCCCGAGAUGUCAUCAGUAUGGCUUGCAAUGCAGCCCUCCGGUAUCAGCUGUUCGCCACGCCUAGUCAACUAAAUACUGCCGCAAAACUUCCCAACGGAAGUUGCAACAGAAAACGAAAAGCUUGGGCCACGUGCUUCUUGUUAGACAUCUUGAUUUCUAUUAUACUUGAUGUUUCUCCAGUGAUCUAUGCCGGGAGCUACAACGUGCCGUGUAUUGAUGAAGAUGGCGGAGAAGAGUGGGAUACGUGGAUACUAUAUGGCACUCAUACGCUUCGAAAGUCACCUGCUCGAAUAGCAUCCGCGUUCAAUCAGCUUCUAAGACUGGCGCAUAUUCUCAACGGGUAUUUGUGUGCAACAAUAUCUUACCAGGAGGAUCAACAAGCCAACAGGUCUGAAAUUUCUAUGGGUGCCAUCAGGCAAGCACACCAGAAACUUAGCAAAGAUCUUCAGUCAUGGCUAAGUACAAUGCCUGGCCACCUACAGUCAGAAAUGGUGUGGGAUCGUAAGAUCUCGAGCCAAGGGGGUAUCGCCUCUGUUGCUGAUCCUGCCCCUUAUACUAUAGGCUUGAGUCUAGCAUAUCACGCCUUCGUCAGCUACUCCUGCCGUAGGAUGCUUGCCAAGGGCCCAGAGAUAUUCCAAGAUGGCGAACUACCUAACCCCAUAUCUCUACAACGCUUGCUUGUAACAUCUUCCUCUAUAGUCUACAAGAUCUCCCGUCAUUUCAGUUCUAGGUUUGGAUCAACAGUGAUGAAUCCAUUCCAAUGUCCACUGAUACACAUCUCUAAUCUUCGAGCAACCGAGCAUCAUGGGAAAAUGAGAAUUCCCAGCCGCCUGUUCCCAACCACUGCUGGCAAUGUAUCAUUUGACAGUACCUCGCACGCGAAAGAAACAGAUGGUGAGUAUCAGGCUAGAUUUGAGGGCCAACAGGCACCUAUUUGGAAAGAUGGGACAGAAACUAUGGAAAGUUCUCAACGUAAAAACGACAGUUCGAAAUCAUAUGGUCGUGCGUCACCUGAAGAUCCAGGUGGAUUCUGGGACACAGACCUGCUGAACUACGAAAGCACUAAUGUACCGCAAUUUCUUGAGUUUAUGGACAAAUUAGGAUUUCCUUCCUCUGCACGUCCCGGACAUCACACCGACAGUACACAGAACGAGGAAAAUGUAGGAUCACUUGAGCUUAUUGAAACAGAUACUUGGGAGGGCCUAAGUACAAUGCAUCUUGAGGGUAUUCUUGAUACUUGGAUGGAUGCCGCUACCCAGCCGUAA